GUUGUGUUGAAUUGGCGCACUCAGUGCCAUCACUUCUCUCCUGAAUGUAAGAAGCUCCAGGGCUCUGGGACAAGCCUUAAUUUGGAAGUAAACCACAAAGAAGAAACUACAUUCAAUAACAGCAUCUGCAUGUAGUGAAGGAUGUGUACACAAUCUUAAAUGGAGCUUGAAUAAAACGAUGGAAUUUACAAGGUUGAACAUGUUGAAUGAAAAUGACAGUUCAGAUGGAGGAUGGCACAUGGUAAUUGCCCCUCGUUCAGCUGAAAAAAGCUCAGAUCAGCAGGACCAGCUGGACGGGGAGUUUUGCAGAAGCCUUCCAAGGGCACAUUUUCUGCGUCCUGGCUGCUUUAAUGCUGCAGCAGAGCGAGGUGCAUUUUCUCUUGAUAACCAUGACCUUUGCUUCAAGGGAAAAAGGCUGCAGGAUCAGUGCUCCUGGGACAGUAAGAAAUCUGCGGUUGUGGCUCACUCAUGUAGUCCACACCCACUUGCACAGCCAGGCUUCUACAGUCCCAAAAUUCCUCGAUCCAGACCUUGCGAGUCUUCAGAGUUUUUCAUGACCAAAAAUACAAAGGAGUAUGAUACUCAUACUCUGCCAUUACCUCACACCAAAUUAGCUGUUUUCACACAAAGUGAAGUGUCUUGCAGGCCACAAAGUUUCAAGACCUCUGUGGUGGAAAAACCUCGACUGAUGAGAGCCGCAAUUUCUCCAACGUUGCCAGAUUCAACUUCAAUAAAUCCAAUCCAGCAGGAGACAUAUGACCACAAAUUUCAGCAUAUUAAAGACCAGGAGAUCCAGACUCAGUGUUUCUCCAGCCUGCACCAAUGUUCACUGAACUUAACCAGCACAGAGAUCUCCAGUAAGCAGGAACAUCUCUGGAAUCAUUGUGACCAACCACAGUCCACAAAAAAACAGAAGUUAUUCAAUGUGAGGAAAUGGGCUCAAGAUCCACAUCAGCUCAACAACAGCUUUACACUUCCACAAAGUCCACCUUCAUUAGAUCAUCUAAAUUUACAAAGAGAUAGCAAGCUUACUGGUUACUGUAAGCUCAGUGUGUACAAUGGCACCUGUUAUAGUUCUCAUACUCCUCAAGAUGGUUCUAACACUGCCUCACACUGCCAGUCACAUAGGAGAGGCACUCAAAACAACAGCAAACAGAGACAAAAGUCCAGUGAAGUUGGAAAUUAUUCGAUCAGCAACAGUAAUAAUAGGCAGGUGGACACAAAGUCAAAGAAUGUGUUUGGUCAGCCCCGUAUGAUCGCUACACUCCGGUCGGGCUGCACCCCACGACCUGCUUGUAAGACCACUGUAGUGGAGGACCUGAAAAAGCUCAUUCUUAUGGAUGAAGUAACCGACUCACCAACCAAAACAUGCAAAAGAGCCACUGAGUGUAUUCAAGGCUCAUCUUCCCCAAAGCCCUUAAUGUUCUCCAGCCCUGUCCUCACCAGGCAUCCUGUCCCCAGACCCAACCACCUCUCUCUACAGCCUGACCCCUCAAUGUGCCAGACACAAUGUGGGCUCUCUGACACACUUUUGUGGGAUCAGGACGUUCAGUUCGAUCAAGACCCCCUGAAUCUGACGAAUACAGCCUGCAAGCUUGACUGGAACAGCUUGGUGAAUGCAGCUAAGGCUUAUGAAACACAGGAGAUGGCUAACCACCUGGCUGGUGAGUCGCGUGACAUGCCGUCAGGUGCGAGCCCUGAACCACACAGUCCACACCUCCCUCGUGCCCUCAGUGAAGCUUCAGACGACAAUGUUUUUAUUGACUUUCCUGACCAUCUCUCUCACUUGGAGACCAUGCUGAUGAGGCUCAGCACUGAUCUCCUGAAGGAGAAGAAGGAUAAAGUGGCUUUGCUGGCUGAGGUGUUGAAACUUCGCAUGAGCAAUGAGCACCUGAAAGAGGAAUCGCUGUCAGCUAACGCACAGCUGCACAAAAUAUGCCAGAUGUUCUACAUAAACCCUGAAUCCGUAGAGUAGAACAUGAGAAGGAACAAAACCAUGAAGCAUCUUUGUGAUAAAUCCAAAUUUUAAACUUUAAUAUACAAUAAAUAAAAUAUCAUGACAACGUACGAGUUCUUUCAAGAUUCCACAAAAACAAUUUUUUAAACUCUCUGAAUCAUUUAAAACUUUCACACACACAAUAAUGUGGUAACAUAACUAAAAUAAU